AUGAGCGACCCUGCUGGCAGCGGUGCAAAUUGUCAGCUUAAUCCGAUCGAGAAUAUCAAAGACUGCGACAACACAUGCCCGUCGACAUUACUCGACAACAGCAACGCCAAACCAUGCAAAACCCAACGAGGAUGGCGGCGGCUCGUGCGAAAUUUCACCCCGUCGUGGUUCAGCGUCAACAUGGGUACUGGCAUCACCUCUAUCCUACUCCAUAAUUUGCCAUACAAUGGCAGAUGGCUGCAAUACGUUUCCUACAUCAUCUUCGCGCUGAACGUGCUGUUGUUCGUCAUAUUCUUAGCAAUCUCAGUCGUGAGGUACACAUUAUAUCCCAGGAUUUGGGCGGCGAUGAUUCGGCACCCUACUCAGAGCCUGUUCCUGGGCACAUUCCCCAUGGGCCUGGCGACCAUUAUCAACAUGAUGGCGUUUGUGUGUGUGCCUUCUUGGGGUGGACAGUGGUGGAAAGUUACUUGGGCGAUUUGGUGGAUCGAUGCGACGGUCAGCGUUGCCUGUUGCUUUUCUCUGCCGUUCAUUCUUAUGACCAAGCAUCAUAACACAAUCAGUUCCAUCACAGGGGCUUGGCUUCUACCAAUCGUCUCUACCAUCGUUGCGGCCGCUUCGGGAGCGAUCGUGGCCGAGGUAAUACCUCACGAUGACGAGAAGCUGAUUACGUUGAUCGUCUCUUACGUCCUUUGGGCGACAGGAGUGCCACUGGCGAUGUGCGUCAUAACACUCUACCUCCUGCGCCUUACUACCAACAGUCUGCCGCCUAAAGCUGUAAUCGUGUCCAGCUUUCUACCCCUUGGACCGUUAGGUCAAGGCAGCUUCGGGAUCAUGACGAUGGGUAAGGUGGCCAGGGAGGUCUUCCCGAGACAGCACUCAUUACCAGCAGUCCAAAACGCGGGAGAAAUCCUCUACGUAAUGGGCUUUCUUAUCGGAAUCAUUAUGUGGGGGUUCGGCCUCAUUUGGCUCACAUUCGCGGCCGCGACGAUUCUCCACUCCAAGAAGUUCCCGUUCAAUAUGGGCUGGUGGGGAUUCACGUUCCCACUAGGUGUCUUUACUGUCGCCACGACGACUUUGGGCACAGAGCUGCCAUCGGCGUUCUUUCGCAUCCUGGGUACUAUUUUCUCGCUGACGGUCACUGCGUUAUGGAUUAUGGUGGCUAUUGGAACGCUGAUACGGGCGUACACGGGCGAAAUCUUCGUGGCUCCUUGUCUUAAGGAUGUGGAGGACAAGGUGAAAGAUUCACAGCAUAAGCUAGGAGAGCAACAUGGGACCAAGCAGAAUAUUUAA